GAUGCUUUUACUGGGUGUUUUAGCGCUACAUCAUUUGUAUUUCUUCUGCAUUGUUUUGAUCUUGGGCUUCACACGUUUACCAAUUGUAUUUUACAUAGGAGCGCAAGCAGAUUCUUAAUUAUCAUCUUGACAAUUCAUGGGGCCCUCGGGCUAUAGGAGAUCAUGGGGCCCCUGUGUCCUUGCCCACACUCAAACCAGACUCAAAAAAGCCUAUGAAAGGUACUUGGGGAAUCUCAUGGGGCCCCCUACUGACCCUGGGCCCUUGGGCAGUGCCCAUGUGCCCGAA